CUUUACUUAACAGUAAACCAUCGAGGUUUUACCGGUCGGUUGGUCACAAAUGGGCUCUCCAACCACCCCGACUUAAACCGCACUUCUUUUUUCUUUUUUACUUCCUCUUUGUGUGUUUGUGUUAUUUAACCAAAUUUCUUUUAAUCGCUUGGAGACACAUCGGGCUACGGACAGGUGUGCUGUACUGUUACAGGUGACGGACCCCACAGACCCGACGGGCCAGCCGGUGGAGUAGCUGAGAGGCUGCCGCAGGCUGAAAAUGUUUCCUGUGAAAACAUGACCACUCCAUACAGAGAUGUGGACAGUGUUCGUUUUUCUGAACCUGGGGCUUCUGCACUGUACAGUCUCCUCCUCUCUUCCCAGCCCCAUCAACGUUGUCUUCUCCUCAGUGAAUCUCAGAAAUAUACUGCAUUGGUCCCCAGGAAAUGAUACGCCUGAGGACACAAACUUUACAGUGCAGUAUGCCAUCUACGGGGACAGUGUGGAAGGAAGUAAAGGAAGACGGGUGAACUGGAGGGCGGUGAGACGGUGUACGGACAUAGUGCGGAGCUGGUGCGACCUGAGCAAUGAGACGUGGGAUCUUGAGCAGGGAUACCACGCCAGAGUUCGUGCUGCAUUCGGGAGAGCAUCUUCCAAAUGGGCCCUGACACAUAGAAGAUUUGACCCAAAGUUGGACGUUACUUUUGGCCCUCCACUGGUUACCGUGGAAAUUGAGGGCAAUGAUGCCGUCAUCACUCUCACGGGGCCAAUGAGAUAUCAGCCUGACAACCACACCCCAGUGGUUUCCCUGGCGACAGUAUACCCCCAGAUGACUUACAACCUCUCCAUCCACAAUGCCCGUCGUGGCCAGACACAUCAUAUUCCAGUGGUCUCCGGUCUGUACAAACAUCAGCUGAUGGACUAUGAAACAGAGUAUUGCUUCUCUGCCAAAACAAGGUUUCUCUCCAUGCCCGUCCAAUGCCAGUCCUCAGCAUGGCACUGCAUAACCACACCUCAAGACCCUAUGACUGGUCACCUGCAGAGGGUGGUUUGGGGUAUUGUUGUUCCAUCUUUGUGCAUAUGUGCACUUAUGGUGAUUGGCUACUUUCUCCGUAACUACCUUAUGGGCAAUGGACAGAAGAGCCCUGAUACACUGAGCCCAACUUUUUUUCAACCUUCCCAUCAACCGUUCCCACCUGAGGAACUCAACUUCAUCUUCAUCAGUGUCAUCAAAGACGAGUCGCCAUCCGACACUGACAGCGCCAUUUCAGACCCUGAAUUCCCUGCGUGGCAGCAACGCAUUGUAAAUCCACCACCGGCAUACUCCCCCCAGAGGCCCGAAACACCCUCAGAGCCUGAUGAUUUGUCCGUUGACUACGGAGUAGUAGUAGCUUCUAAAAUGAAUGUCGGAGGAGAGGAGGGACCAGGAGAGAGGAGGCAUGAUAGAGAAGAAGAUGGGAAUAAUCUGAGAGGUAAAUGCCAGAAAUGCACAGCAGGAGAAAGUUACGAGCAGAAAGCGUUGAGAGUUGAGGAUGGUUUUGCUGGAGUUUACGCUUCUCAGGCAAAGUCCUUCCUCUCACAGAGGUCAACCCGCACAUGCAUGCAAACACACCUGCCGAUACACUCACAGACAGAGAUGAGCACACUUUUACAGGCGCAGGCAUUUUCACAGUCAAAAUCAGUUUUACUGACACAAACCCAGGGAUCAUUACUGUCUUUUCAGGGAGCAACUAAGGGAGAGGUGGACAGAGAGGAGGAAGAUGGAGAGUGUCCAGGUUUAUUUCUAAACAAGAAAAACCAAACUGGCCUCUUCCAUGUUCCUUUAAAUCUACAAACAAAGAAGCAUGUAGGGAAAUGGGAAGAGAUGGAUAGAACAGAUGAUGAGAAGACAGAUGGAGCCGUAGAGGAAGGGAGAGAGAGUGAGAAAGUAUCCCUUCUUUCUCCUUAUGCCUCCCAAAACUUCCCAGACAUACCUACCUCUAACACUGACCAGUCAGAUUUCUUACCAGAUGACUAUGGUGUUUUGAGUCUAGCUACAGCACACAGUAUAGAGGAAGAGGGUGAUGAGGGGGAGGAGCAGGAAGAAGGAACUAUUUGUGUUAAUUGGGAUCCUGAAACUAGGAAACUAGUGCUUUCAGAGAUGGCGAUGGAAUUUAACGAGAAUGGAGGCUUGGAUGGGUUGAUACAGCGAAAGGAAGGGAGCGAGGACAGGAUGGGGGGAGAGGAGGAGGAGGUGAAUGCCGUGAAGGGGGAACUGAAGUUGGAAAAUGUGUUUGUCAGACAAGCGUCCGAGGAAGAGACAGAGGCACAGAGAGAGACAGAGAGAGGUGGGGAAACAGGAUGGGAGGCGAAUGAUAUUUUGAGCAAAUGGAACUUGGUAAUUUCAGUGGACGAGUAGAUGAUAUUCAUCACUAUAUUAACUCCAUUAUCACAAAAAUGCUCUUCUUCUGCACUUAUCCACCUUAAUGCCAUAUCAUGAUGGAGAAAAAAAAUCAUGAAUAUAUUGCUAUACAAAAUCAUAACCUAUCAGUUUCAUUUUUUAGGCACUUGUAAUAAUAUCAAAAUUUUAGGAGCACUUAGUACUGUUGUAGGGUUACCUUUGCAUCUCUGAAUGUGCUUUGUUGUCAUCAUGGCGUACAGUUUACUGAUUAACAAAUCACACUAAUCAAUGUUAAUACUAAUGAAGUAACCAACCGAUAAUCACCUCAGUUUUGGGUAAACUAUUAUAUGUGUUCUUAUUUGUAUUAUUGUUAAUCUGUUAUGAUUUGUAGUUGUAUUCUUCUGCCUUUUACCUGAUUGAAACCAUGUACACCACGAUCAGCACUGUAUCAUAUCUCAACCUAAUGUAGCACUGAUGGACUGUUCUGGACUGGUCCUCUAAAACCAGCUUCAAAAUAACAAAUGGUGGAUUUUCUUUUUUUUUUUUUUUUUUUUU